AUGGACAUCAGCCGCCUCCUCAACCCGCUCGGUCCCCGUCAACCACUGCGAUGUCCCAAGACGUUCAAUGGAUGCGACCGCAUUUUGCUCACAAGCGCGCCCACGUCUUUGACGACGCUGGGCCUCGCCCGCAGCGGCCACGGCUCAGCACUUCACUGCGUUGUGUCGUGCCUACAAUAG